AUGGAGAAUGUUGUAGUGUUGAUUGUUGGCGCUGGGCCAGCAGGCCUUGCAACAGCAGCAUGCCUUAGCCAAUUCUCAAUUCCCUAUGUCAUUGUCGAGCGUGAAAGUUGCAACGCGUCGCUUUGGCGCAACCGCGCCUACGAUCGCCUCAAGCUGCAUCUUGCAAAGGAGUUCUGCAAGAGCUACUCUGGCAUGAAUGCAUUGGUCGUUGGAUCUGGCAACUCUGGAAUGGAAAUUGCUUAUGACCUUGCGGCCCAUGGUGCCAAUACUUCAGUUGUUAUACGAAGCCCGAUUCAUGUAAUGACAAAGGAAUUAAUCCGGUUGGGGAUGACACUUGCUCGCCGCCUUCCACUGAAUCUAGUGGAUAAACUCCUUGUGAUGGCGGCAAAUUUAAUAUUUGGAGACCUAUCGAGGUAUGGCAUCAGAAGGCCAAAAAUGGGUCCAAUGAUCGUCAAGUCAAAAACCGGCCGAUCCGCUGUUAUUGAUGUUGGCACUAUUGGGUUAAUCAAAAAAGGUAUCAUCAAAGUACAGGGGAGCAUUAGUAAGAUCAUGGGCGAUAUAGUUGAAUUUCAAUGCAGUAAAAAGAUAUCAUUUGACGUGAUUGUGUUUGCAACUGGAUACAAAAGCACAGCAAAUAUAUGGCUCAAGAAUGGUGAGAGCAUGUUAAAUGGCAAUGGACUGCCCAUCAAAGAAUAUCCAAAUCAUUGGAAAGGUGAAAAUGGGCUCUAUUGUGCUGGGUUAGGAAGGAGAGGAUUGGCUGGUAUUGCAGCAGAUGCCAAGAAUAUUGCCAAUGACAUCAAAUCAGUGAUAGGCGCUAUGUCCGUCUAA